AAACGCAAUAAUCCCAUCAAAUUCACCUCCCGCAAACGUGCUUUUCAAGUUCCAUCUAUCGCCUCCAGCGAAUCCCCGACUAAGCCGCCUGAGAUCUCUCCAGCGCCUCCGCCGCGGCAGCCGGAGCCCUGAAAGACGGCGACGAGUUUAACAACUCGAAGUUUCUUGCAGCGCGAUUGGUUAGAAUAUGUGCUAAUUUUGUGAGUAGAAGAUCGCAGUUGGUGAUGCUAGCUGCGGUUGAAGAAGCUAUGAUGAUCGAAAAGUUGAAACUCAAAGAUGAAGUGCUUUAAAUGAAGGGACAUAAGGGGUGGCUGGAUAUUCCGAUAAUGGCCGCACCACGAGGAAAGCCUUCAUCAAAGAGGCCCCUUUGGAUCCUUGUACUAAUCUCUCUGGUGUGCUUAUCAUUGAUCGUAGUCUACCUUCACCCACCCCAGCAAUAUUCAUCUUGCUACCUUCUAUCGAAAGUUUGCGACCAUUUAGACUACUGGCUUCCCCCAGUACCAGCCAGAGUUCUAACUGAUGAGGAGCUCAUCUCUAAGGCUGUCAUAGGGGACAUUCUCUCGAUGCAGUUUCCUCAUAAAAAAAGUUCUAAAAUUGCUUUCAUGUUCUUGACAGCGGGAUCAUUGCCUUUUGAGAAGCUAUGGGAGAAGUUUUUUCUGGGCAAUGAUGGUAGAUUCUCCAUUUAUAUACAUUCUUCAAGGGAAAAACCAAUUCACGUGAGCCCUCUAUUUAUUGGCCGGGACAUUCGCAGUGAAAAGGUGUCUUGGGGUCAAAUUUCAAUGGUAGAUGCAGAGAAGAGGCUCCUCGCCAAUGCACUCAAAGAUGCUAAUAAUCAGUAUUUUGUGUUGUUAUCUGACAGUUGUGUACCCCUACAUAAUUUUGAUUAUGUAUAUGAUUAUCUUAUGGAAACAAAUAUCAGCUUUGUUGACUGUUUUGAAGAUCCUGGCCCGCUUGGAGCUGGCAGGUAUUCUGAAAAUAUGUUACCGGUGAUUGAGAAAAAAGACUGGAGGAAAGGUUCACAAUAUUUUCCAUUGCUGCAGUGGUUCUCGAUCAAGCGGCAGCAUGCUAUACUACUACUAUCAGACAGCCUUUACUACACAAAAUUCAAACUUUUCUGCAAGCCAGCUAUGGAGGGCAACAGAAACUGCUAUUCUGACGAGCAUUACUUGCCAACUCUCUUCAAUAUGGUCGACCCUACUGGUAUUGCUAAUUGGUCGGUUACCCACGUAGACUGGUCUGAAGGCAAAUGGCAUCCUAAGUUAUAUAGAGCUGAAGAUAUUACAUUUGAGCUUCUCAAAAAAAUUAAAUCUAUUGACGAGAAUUUCCAUGUUACAAGUGAUGCAAAGAAAGUUAUCAUGCAGAAACCAUGUUUAUGGAAUGGGACUAGAAGGCCAUGUUAUCUUUUUGCCAGGAAGUUCUAUCCAGAAGCCAUUGAGAAUUUGAUGAAUAUUUUCUCCAAUUACACAGAUUUUUGAGCCUUCUAAAUGAUUAGAUCAUUCUUGGCUACCCUUUUGUUUUGCUUCAACCAGAUUUCUCCUCACUUGAUACACUGCUUGCAUCCUGAGCUGGAGUUUCUUGCGCUUGCUGGCAUUCAAUUUCUCAAAGCUUUCAAAGAGUUUUUGAAGAUGUAAAUUUGAAUGAUUAUACAAUCUAAGAGAUAAAAUGCUUGGAAUGGAUGCUAAAUGUACCUUAAUAGUAUUUUAUGUGUAAAAUGUGAAGCUGUUUUUUUAUGAAUGUACUGCUUCACUUCUCUCAUUCAGUAUUAUGGUGUUUAGGUGCUUAUUAUUUCUAUUUGUCAGUACUUGGGGAUUCCUCCUUGGGAUAUCAAUUUUGUAAACUACUGUAAGCAGGGGGGAGUUAGGAUUUUUUUUUUUAUUGUG